AAUAUUAUAGCGGAUUCAAACUUCACGUUCACGUUUGGUUAUUCCAGGGUUAAAGCAUGUAUGCAACGGUGUCGCGUUUGUGAGUUUGCUGCAGUUUUUUAUCAAAAAUUUUUUCUCUUAUCGUUCGAAUUCGUCGUAGUAUUCUACCAUGCUUAAUUUGCCAAUAAGCUGAUAAAAGGCACACCUAACAAGCUUUUAAUUAUCGUUUAGUGAUUAUUUUUUUCUCGAAAAAAAGUUGAAUUUGAUGCGAAUAUAAAUGAGUAACUUUGCGAUUGACGUGCGAUUUGAUGACUCGAGCCAAUAUGUUGGCGAGCAAAAUGAAAACUCAAACGAAACCAUGUCUUCGGACAAUGGUGUGUUUGUUGGGUUUCAUGUCUUCGAUGCUUUACUUGUACUAUUAUAACGAUGUGCAGGGAUACACCAUUGUGGACAGUUCAUCAUUUUUUGCGAAAAAUUUCAACGAUUCUGAAAUAUCCAUAGAACACGUAAAACAUGGAUAUGUGGUGUGGAGUAAAUCAUGUCGCAUUCCAAACGUCGAUCCUUACCACGAAUCCAUUCAAAAAUUUGUGAAAGCUUGGAAACCUCUCGUGUGCUCGAAACAAAAACCCCUCACAAAAGUCAUCUACGAUGCUACUAGUCGUACACACACUAUUAAAGUCGAUCAAAAAGCGCUCCACGAUUACUGGGUUCCAAUUCGUGAUGUUCAGUGUUGUUAUUGGGUACUUAGUCGAGAUGAAAUACGUUCUCGUCACAAUGACAGCGAUGACGAUAGAGUUUCAAUUUCCAAAUCAAUUUGCUACGGACAAGAAACAGUUCUACCACCGCAAGCUGAGUACAUUUACGUAGAAUGCACAUCGCGAAAUAAACGUAAAAAGUUAUCCUACAAAAAUAUUCAUUCGAUGGUGAUUGAAAAGCAAACCUCGCCUCCGAAACAGGCUACGGAUCCGAUCAAAUACAGCGUUUUAUUUUUCGGAAUCGAUUCGAUUUCUAGACUAAAUCUAAUAAGAACGAUGCCAAAAACGGUGCAAUAUCUGAAAGAAAAACAAUGGCUGCAGCUCGAAGGGUAUAAUAAAAUAGGCGACAAUACGUUUCCAAAUUUAGUAGCUGCGUUAUCGGGAAUGAAUGUUACUCAGUUCAGAUCUAGUUGUGUGAAAUCGAAAAAGGAUAUGUUCGACAAUUGUCCGUUGAUAUGGAAGAAUUUCAAGAAUAAUUCCUAUAUUACCGCUUACAUCGAAGAUUGUCCGAGUAUAGGAACGUUCAAUUUCGAGAAAUAUGGAUUUAUGAAUAGUCCGACUGAUUAUUAUAGCAGACCGUAUUUGAUGGGAGCGCAGAAAUUUUUGAAAGUUCGGUACGACGGCGGAAUGCAGUAUUGUCUGGGUAUGUACCCCAUGGUCGAGUAUCUUUUCGAAUACGUAACCGAAUUCACAAAACGUUUCCACCAACAACCGUAUUUCAAUAUAUUUUGGACGAAUUCAUUCAGCCACAACGAGUUAAACAUGCCCACCGUGAUGGAUCAUCGAGUGGUGGAUUUCCUUCAGAGUAUCGAGAACUAUCUGAACUCGACCAUCGUAAUAUUUCUCAGCGACCACGGAAUGAGAUUCGGUAAAAUCCGCGAAACUUUUGUCGGCUGGUUGGAGGAACGAAUGCCAUUUCUGUACUUCUGGAUACCGCCUUCUUUUAAAUCGACUUAUCCGGAAAAAUAUGCCAAUUUCGUGGCUAAUAAAAAUCGCCUAUCGAGUCCGUACGAUUUACACGCCACUCUGCAGGACAUACUUUACGGCCAAGUGUCGAGUAAACCUGCCGGCUGUCCUAGCUGUGAUACUUUAUUCAAAAAAAUUCCGUGGAAUAGGUCGUGCGAAAACGCAUCCAUCACCGAGCACUGGUGCACGUGUUACGACGAUUUCGAACAAGUAUCGGUGAAAGAGCCAGUCGUCCAGUGGGCCGCGGUAGCUGCCGUAAAUCGUGUAAAUCAGUUUUUUAGCGAAAGUCGAAACGCUACGACGAAAGGUAAACGAUGCGCUUCUUUAAGUUUACAUAAAAUACUUAGCGUUCAUAGUAAAUUUUCCGUAUUAUUUAACUCUAAUACUUACCUAAUUGUAUUCGCGGUGAAACCUAGUGGCGCCAUUUUCGAAGCCACUGUCCAAUAUAAGACUGAUUUCAAAGUUUCCAAUUCGAUUAGUCGUAUUAACGAAUACGGUAACCAAAGUUCUUGCGUUCACUCCGACUCUAAUCUUAAAAAAUAUUGUUUUUGCGUAUGAAACGGUGGCGCCGAAAAGCUACGGAAUGGAACUAGUGACAUUUAGAAACUGGGUGGUUCAACUUUACCUACCUAAUGUGAAGUUGAAAUUACGAUUAGGUACCAUUUGGAUUGUUGGCAUAUCGAUCGUUAUCAUUUCAUUUUCAAAAACCUUGCUUAUUUUGAGUAUUUUUCGGCGAAUAGGUGAAAACUGUAUCGCGUAUUAAAGCUCAUAGAUUCAUCUAUGAUCUUAUAUAUAGUCUUUCAAAACCAUUAGAAAUUUGAUCUUUAUUAUUGUUUUUUGUUUGUGUGCUCCUCCCUUAUGAGUUUUGGGGUUAAUUUUAAGUUCUCAAUUUGAGCAUCACCUUAUUAAAGUAGGUACUCGAUGGUUUCAAGUAUACCUACCGAUUAAGUUGGUGAAUUUUUCUCAAUUUUUGAUGUUUUUAUUUGAAUUAUUGUAAAUUGGAUUGGAAUUUUGAAACAUUUCAACAUUACGUACCUAUUAUUUUAAUACAUUUCAAUGUGCCUCAUUUUAUAGACAAUAGUUAUCUGUAUCUACAUCAAUACGUAAAUUUAAUGUGAAGUAACCCAUAUUAUAGGCUAUUUCUUGAUCAGUGUGCGGAUUUUUACAAGUCCCCUGACAUAUCUGCGGUAUUGAUAAUAAGUAGGCGGUACCUAUUGCUAUAAAUAAUUGUUUGUAUUACCAUGAAAUUGUGUGUUUUUAAUUUGAAUUGUGAUAAAUGUGAUUUUUUAUUUUGCAACACGCUGUAUCGUUUAGUUUGUUAAAUCUAUACCUAGCGAAUCAUUUUUUUUUUUUUAAUUUAUAGUAUUAUUAAUUUGUGUGUUUUUUUUUUUAAAUUAGGUUUUAAGAUUUUAUAGUUUCCUUUUGGAUUGUUUAUAUUAUUAAGACAUGCGCGCUCUCUAGUCAAGAAGAAUUUAUUAAUUUUUAGCAAUGAAGAUACACGAUUGCAUCUACUUACUGUUUGAAAAUUUUGUUCCUGGGUAAAACCACUUUUACUUUCAUGCUGACAAGGGAACCUCUUGAGGUGUCACACUCCGAUUUGAACGGGACCGUGAUUUUUGGAAAGAGCAUAGUCUAAAACCCCCUAAACCAAAUUUAUAGCUGCCCAAGUUCAUUUUUCGAUUUUUGGCGAAUUCUUGAAAAUUCAAAAUUGACUGUUUUUGGCGAUUUGUGCUUUUUUUAAAAAAGUACGUACUUGAUGAAUACAAAUGGUCAAAAUAAGUCCCAAAACUAAUAUUAAUUACCCAAAUCCAAAUUUCACAAUUUCCAGCCAUUCUGGAGCCUCCAGCGCGAUUUUUCAAUUUCUCCAGAAUUUUGAAUUUGCUCCAGAAGGCGCGAAUAUGAAGUUGGGCAGCUAAAAAUCGAGUUGUAUAUUACACUCGACCUGUUUAACGAGUUUAUCCACAUUUGAGCCGAUUUUUAGAGUGACACCUCAAGAGUGGUUUUUUGAGGGGUCACUCUCGCUCCAGCAAAACGGCUGGAAAUGGUAGAAUUUGCGCUCCGAGAGUUAGUUCUUGAAGAAAUACAGCGAUUCGCACAAAUUUCCAAAAAUUUUCUCACAAAAGGUUGUCUUUCUAGCUGAUUUUUUUGAUCUUUUAAUUUUGAAAAAAGCUGGUCAAAAAACCACUCUUGAGGUGUCACUCCCAAAAUCGGCUCGAAUGUAGAUAAACUCGUUAAACAGGUCGAGUGUAAUAUACAACUCGAUUUUUAGCUGCCCAACUUCAUAUUCACGCUUUCUGGAGCAAAUUCAAAAUUCUGGAGAAAUUGAAAAAUCGCGCUGGAGGCUCCAAAAUGGCUGGAAAUUGUGAAAUUUGGAUUUGCGUAAUUAAUAUUAGUUUUGGGACUUACUUUGAUCAUUUUUAUUGAUCAAGUACGUACUUUUUAAAAAAAAGCGUCGUCGUCGUCGUAGUCGCGCUCCUUUACAGGAGAUAGCGUAAUGUCCAUCUAUAUUAGCCGGUAUCUAGCGUAUCUGAUCGUUUCUUUCAGGGUCUUACAGGGAGAGUUGGCUGGUGAGUUAGUUGUUAACAGCUCCGAUCGUUUCCUCCCUCUCGUCGAUCUUCCUUGGAUUUUCCCCUGUACCGCUAGCAUGAAAAUACCGUUUUCUCGUAUUUUAUGAGCUAAAUACUUUAGCUUUCUAGUUUUGAUAUCUUCAACUACGACUUUCCGCUCCUCUCCUAUUCUUGCUAAUACUUCCUUGUUGGUAAUGAAGUCCUUCCAUGAGAUUCGUAGUAGCCUUCGAUAGCACCACAUCUCGAAAGCGGAUACUUUGUUUUCGCAUUCUGCACUCAUGGUCCAUGUUUCGCAGGGAUAUUUCAGAACGGUCCAUACGUAGCAUCGCAUAAUUCUCUUCCUCAGAUCUAUACUCAUCGUUCGAUUUCCCAGCACAUUGGCAAGGUUGUUGAAAGCGGUUUUUGCCAUUCCAAUCCGUGAUUUAAUUUCUUUAUUAUCUCUGCCAUCAUUGUCUAUCAUCGCUCCAAGGUAUCUGAAUUGAUUUACAUUUUCAAUUUCUUGUGAUCCGAUGUUGAUUUUGACCACUUUAUCAUCUUCUUUUGUAAAUCUCAUCACCUUGGUCUUGCCUGCAUUUAUUUUCAUUCCGUAUUUUAAUCCUGCACUGUUAAUUCGGUCGAUCAUUUUCUGCAUCUCUGCUUCUGUCCCAGCAAGGAUCACUUUGUCAUCUGCAUAGCUUAUUUCGUUUAUUCUCUUGCCGUUGAUCUUGAAUCCCAUUCGUUCAAUUCGCGCUUCCCUCAUUAUUUCUUCUGCAUACACAUUGAACAAUCUGGGUGAGAGGGGACAUCCUUGCCUCACACCUCUCUUUAUUCCACAUCCGUUCUCUGAGUACCCAGUUCCAAUCUUGAUGUUAGCGCUUUGCUCCCAGUACAGGUUCUUGAUUAUUUGCAGGUCUUUGUCAUCGAUAUUGUAUUUUUUCAGGAUCUCCAACAUCUUCUCAUGGUUGACACGAUCAAAUGCUUUUUCAUAAUCGACGAAGCAAGCAAUAAUUUCCCUAUUUGCAUUCAGUGCUCUUUGAAUGAUCACUUUCAGCAGGGCAAUUGCAUCUCUCGUCCCUUUUUUCGCUACAAAGCCAUAUUGUGUUUCACUUAGAUUUUCAUCUAUCUUCUUUUCAAUUCUGGAAUUUAUGAUGGAGAGUAGUAGCUUCAGUGAGUGGCUCAUCAGUGCGAUAGUUCUAUAUUCGGAGCAUUUUUGCGAGUUGUUCUUUUUUGGUAUUGGUACGAAGUUUACUGCUUUGAAGUCCUUAGGUAGCGUGCCUUCAUCAUAUAUUUUGUUUAUUAUCUUCAGCAGCUCUUUUUCAUACUCUGGUGUUAGAUGUUUAAUCAAGUCUGCUGGUAUGAGAUCUUCCCCCACUGCUUUGUGGUUUCUGGCUCGCUUCACCGCAUUCCUCAGCUCCCACAUUUCAAUUCGUGGUGCCUCUUCUGUGGACGAAACUUUAAUUUGAGCCGGACGUGUAUCAUCUCCAUACAAUUCUUGUAUGUAGUUGAUCCAGACCUCUUCAGUUUCUUGAUUGUUAACACAGUACUUUCCGUCUUUUCCUCGCAUAUACGCUAUUCCGCUUCUCCUUUUCUUGUGGGCGGCCAUCAUCUGCUUCACUUUGGUAUGCAUUUCUCUAGAGUUGUGCCUUUUCUCCAGCUCUUCUAUUUCUUGGCACUUCUCCUCAUACCACUUGUUUUUGGCCAUUCUGCACAUUCCCAGGAUCUGAUUAUUUAUCACCGUGUAUUCGUUACUUGGUCUGUUUUCUUUUCUUCGUUCUUCCAUCAGAUCCAGUAUCUCUUGAGUCAUCCAUGGUUUGUGUUUUCUUCUUCCUUUGAAUGGAAUAGACUUUUCUGCUGCUAUUUUAACUUUUCGCUUCCAUGUUUGCCACUUCUCCUCGAUACCUUGUUCUUCUUCCAACUUGUCUUCCUUUUGCUUUUCCAGUUCUUCUUGGAAUUUCUUUUGUACUUCUUUUGAUUUGAUUUUUGCAAUGUCAAGUUGUCGGUAUUGUUCUUGGCUCUUCUUCUGGCUCUUCAAGACUAGCUGGCAUUUUGCAACCAAUAGUUUAUGGUCAGUGUUGCAGUCAGCACCAGGAUAUGUAUGGCAGUUCUUCACUGUGUUCUUGAAUCUUCCUUUUACAAGUAUGUAGUCUAUCUGGUUUCUGACUCGAUCUCCAGGACUGACCCACGUGUAUAAUCUUCUUGCAUGUUGCUUGAACCAGGUAUUGCAUAUUAUUAGAUCGUGUCUUUCUGCGAACUCUACGAGCAUUUCACCUCUUUCAUUCUGCUCUCCAAGUGCGUAUCUCCCUGCAACUUGGCUGCCAUGAUCCUUCCCAACUUUGGCAUUGAAGUCUCCCAUCAAAAACACAACAUCAUUGUUUUUUGAGCAGCUCAUCACUUCUUCUAGGUCGUUGUAGAAGUUGUUGAUUUCUGUUGUACUGCUUUCUGCUGUUGGCGCAUACACUUGAAUUAUCACAAUCGGUUUUGGCUUGACCUCCAAUAAAGCAUAAAUCGCCAAAAACAGUCAAUUUUGAAUUCUCAAAAAUUCGCCAAAAAUCGAAAAAUGAACUUGGGCAGCUGAAAAUUUGGUUUUGGAGGUUUUAGACUAUGCUCUUUCCAGAAAUCGCAGUCCCUUUCAAAUCGGAGUGUGACACCUCAAGAGGUUCUCUUAUGAGUAAAUAUGAUAUUAUAUUGCCUGUUCUGGUUGUAUGAUUAUAAAAAUGAUUUGCAAUAAUGAUUUUAAAUCGAAGGAAAACUGCAAUAAAGGAAAGUAGGGGUAGAUAGAACAAGGGGAAACAGGAGGAUUUUCCUGUUGGGUGCCUGAAAUUUGGGGCUCAGACUUCAAGUCAAAAAAUGUAGUCAUUUUUGUUGUUAUUAAUACAUUAUGUACAUACCUAUUUUUAAAUUAUUGAUGGAUACUGAAAAGAUCGUGAAAAAGUGACAAUUUUGAAAUACUUACCAAAUUUUUGCAGGGCUCAAAUCCUGAGGACCUUUCCAGAAUUUUGAAAAAAUCACCACCUAGGCAGAGUGAUGCUACUUUUUUAAAAUUUAAACAAAAAAUUCAAUUACUUACUCGUUUUUUUUUUUGAAAUACAAAAAUACUUUUUAUUUUAUUCUUUUUUUAAAUUAAAAAUCUGAAAAAACACUGAUUAUUGAAUAGGUAGUUGAAAUUUAAAAAAAAAGGUUUCAAAAUUUUGCUUUCAGUAUAUUUUUUUAAAAUACAUUUUUUAUAAAGUGUGAGAAGAUAUUUGAUAUACCUAAUUAUGCACUAUGAAUAUCAUUUUAAAAUUUCCUGCGGAGAUAUGAGCGAAAACUUCCUUUUUUGGAGGUUUUACUCCUCCUCCGGAGGAAAAACGUAACCUCGCAAGGGAAGUACCAAUCCCAACCAGCAUAAAAAUUUCGGAACGGAGUACGGGGGAAUCGAAAGAAGACCCCAAAAUAUACCAACAUCAAAAUUUCAGUUGCUGAAAUUCAUAUUCUGGUUUUUGGUGAAUUUUUAAAAAUUCAAAUUUGGGCCAAAAUCAGAAAAAAAUCAAAAUUUCAGCAAAUUGAUCUAGAAAGCUGAAAUUUGGUUUGUACCAUAUUUUAGACCCUCCAAGUCGAUUGGUGAUGGUUUCAAAUUGUUUUGGAGCCUCCAGCGGAUUUCAAUUUUUUUAUUUCUUCAAAAAUUAUUACCGGAGAAAAUUUUGAAUUUGAACUGGCUCAAAAAGGUUUUGAUAAUACAUGUUUAAAGCGAUUGAAAGAGGUGCUAAAUGCCAUUUUCACACCAUUUGCAGCGUUUUUUUGAAAACUGCAAAAACUAAAAUUUUACUGGAGCCUCCAGAACGAUCCUAAACUGUUGCCAAUCAACUCGGGUGUUUAAAAAUAGGGGUUAAACCAAAUUUCAGCUUUCUAGGUCAAUUUGCUAAAAUGUUGAUUUUUUUCUGCUUUUGACCCAAAGAAUUUUCAAAAAUUCACCAAAAAUUUAAAAAAAAAAUGAAUACACCUAAUCCUACAAUACCCUAUUUCACUCGAAUUUACCACGCUGAUGCAAGGGAAAUCUGUGUCUCAUUGCUAAAAAUUUUUUUUUCUUCCAAAUAUUACGUCAUUGAUUAGUAAUAUAUUUACCAUAAGGAAAACUUUUGUAUAUGUAUUAAUUUGGAUGUUUCCUUUUUUUUUAAAUUAAUAAAUUCAACCUCGUCAAGUGAAAACUCUUAUUCAUGCAACACGAGUAUGCAGCAUGCAUCUUGUGUUCGUGUUUGUCGUUAAGUUUAUGUUUUGUCGUACACCUAUUUACUUCUUACGUCUAUGUACUUCGUCUAUGUACUUACUUAUUUUUAAAAAUGUUGAACCGAGUAAUUUAAUCGUUAUCACACGCUUAUUUUUAACUUUUUAUUUUAGGCCAAUGUGCAAUGUGCAUAUAUUUGUGAUGUAUGAACUGUGAAUUUUAUUUUCGUAAUUCAUUUUUAUUAGCGAUGAUUUUUCUUAUUAUUACAUGAACCUCGAUAAGUUAACUUUAAUAGAUACUUUUACCUACAAUCUGUGAAGAUCACCCUACCUACCUUUAACAAUAAAGUCACAAGCUACAUACACGUAAAGUAAAAUAUUCGAUGUACAUAAUUUAAUCCAUAGUUAUCUACGUCAUACUUACUUUGUUAUAGAUUUAAAAAAAGAAUCAAAACGAUGGGUCGCGCUUCCCCAUUAUACAUUAUGUUUAUAAACAUAUGUACUGUUACAAAGUACCCACAUGAAUUUUUUUUACCAAAUCAAAUAAAUUAUAUCGAUGUGUUUUUCUCAA